UCGCACGGGCUCUGUACUAGUCAAUACUAAUUCAGCCACCCUCUUUGACUAUAGCUAAUAAAUACAUAAAAACCCCACUUUCCUUUAUUCCUUUCAAAUCAGAUACCCCAAUUAUCAUCUCCCGGCUGACUUUGGAAUGUAUAUAUAUCCGAGUUGAAUUAAUCCACAACAAUUCUGCAGCAUCUUUUAUUAAUUAUAACAGUGAUGUUGAGGAACGGGUCUACAAUUGUAUCCCUAUUAUGGCUGUGCGUCGUCGUUUUAGUUUUGGGGCCACAAUUCCCAAUCUGCAACGCGGACAUCGGCAGCGCCAGCCGCUACUCGCCUCCGUAUACGCCGACGGCGUGCUACGGCGAGGAUCCUGGUCAGUUCCCGACGAACAGGUUGUUUGCGGCGGCCAGAGAAGAUAUAUGGAAUAACGGCGCCGCCUGCGGGCGGCAGUACAUGGUGCAGUGCAUCAGCUCGGAGUUGCCGCCGGCCUGCGUGCCCAACCAGACGAUCCAAGUGAGGAUUGUGGAUCGGGCCCUAACAUCGGUCUCACGGCCCGUGCAGGAAGGAGCCACCCUUGUCUUAUCCAGUGUAGCAUUUGCCGCCAUUGCGGAUCCCAGAAUUCCCUUCGUAAACAUCCAGUUUGAACAGUGA